AUGGAAGAAUUUAUGGAUGCUCACCGUCUCGACUGCAUCAUGUCCGAUGCGUUCUAUAGUUGGACUUUCGACUUUGCUUCUUGUCUCUCUGUUCCGCGCAUCGUUUACUACACAUAUGGCGCUUUCUCUCUCUGCCUCAGGGAAGCCAUCCGAAGUCCUCACUCAGCCUACUUCAAGGUCGAGUCUGAUGAUGAGGAAUUUCUCGUCCCUGGUUUUCCUGACGCGAUCUCUCUAACCCGUUCUCAGCUUCCGGAUUACAAGCAAAAGAAUUGUGGGUAUAGUUGGUUGAUGGAACAAUGGAGAGAAGCCGAGAUGAAAAGCUAUGGAGUUUUGAUGAACACUUUCUACGAGUU